UGUGGGAAGCACUACGAGUGGAAGCUGCGUUUUGGCAAUGAGUGGCAGCGAAUUGACAACGACUGUGUGAUCGAGGCUCAUUACUGCCAACCUGGAGCCAAAGGAAUCACCAUAAACACAAACAAAGGAAAAGUGUUCAUAGACUUUGACAAGUUAGAGACUUUGAAUGCAGCAGUGAAGGUGCAGAGACUCAGCUUCCUGUCUCCGGACCAGACAGAAGAGAUCUGCUGGUAUUUCAGAGAUAAUCACCUGUGGUGCGAAUACGGAUCCCAGAGUUCCAGCGUGAUGACCUCAUCUAUCAGUAGCAAAGAAAUAGAGAAACACUUCUGUCAGAACCCUCAGGGAGCCCUCCGCUUCACAGUGGGCUCUACAGGCUACUCACUUGAUUUUUCCACCAUGACCCAAAUAAACGUCAUCACAGGCCUGUGCAGGAAUGUACGCAGGCGGCCAAAAUUUAAUCCCAACGCUACAAGCCUGAAUUUAACACCAGUCCUGACCUCAGCUUCCCCCCUCCAGCAAUCUGCUGGACAUGUCAAAUGGGAGUUCUUUGGGGAUGAGGGGCAGUGGAUGGAAUACCAGGCACAUAUGUGCACAUUUGACAGUGCUGCCAUUGAGAGUGAAUACCAGCAGAACCAACGAGGCCAGCUGCAACUCCACACCGGCAGUUUCUCCUACACGCUGGAUUUUCCAAUGCUGCCAUUGAGUCAAUACCAGAAGAACCAACGAGGCCAGCUGCAACUCAAUACAGACAGUUUCUCCUACACCCUGGAUUUUUCUGCAAUGUGCCAAGUCAACAACAUCACUGGAAUGAAAAGGGCAGCUGAUAUCAUGUCUACUUUUGUAGCCAUGGCUCAGAAGAAAGCCAGGGAGAAGACUUCCACAGUGAAGCCAUCCACAGUCAGAAGAUGGGAGCUGACU